UACCCGAACAUCACCUUCAUCUGGAAGUACGAAGAACCAGACGACGCAAUCUUCAAUGGAAUAGACAAUCUUAUUCCUUCAAAAUGGACGCCACAAAGCUGUUUAUUAGCCGACAGGCGUUUAACACUUUUUAUCACACAUGGUGGAGCUGGAAGUAUGAUGGAGAGCGCCCACCACGCAAAACCGCUUAUUGUCGUUCCUUUGUUUGGCGAUCAGACAAGAAAUGCGAAGCUCAUUGAGAAGUAUGGCUUCGGUAUCCUUCUGGAAAAAGGCCGCCUUACUGACAGCAACGUGUUACGCGAGGCAAUCGAACAAAUUCUCACCGAUUCUAAAUACCAAACAGCAGCCAAUCGAAUCAGCCGGCUGCUGUCACGACGUCCAUUUAGUCCUGAGGAGAAACUGGUGAAAACAGUCGAGCUUGCCGCCGAAUUUGGAGAUCUACCGGAGUUGAAGGUAUCGGGAAGAAACCUCGGAUAUGUCGCCUACUAUAACCUUGACCUACUAUUUAUUUUUGUAGUGAUUUUCGCCGCAUUACUAUGUCCAGUGAUAUAUGUAUUGUUGAGGAUAUUUAGGCACUAUUUUGUGACAGUGAAAGUGAAGCUUAAU